ACCUACUCACAUUGUUCUCUGGUUUCGUUAAACCUUCCGCAUUUUCAGCGUUGUUCAGUUGAAUUUGAAUUCCUCUGAUUCUAAUCGAUCCGAUUGUUCCUCGGAUCGGUUUAUAUUUUUCUCGGGUUUAAGACAAUCUGUAUUCUUUUGUAUCAUUUGGUGCUGCAUCGGGACGACAGUGCUUAAAUUUUGUCUGCAAGAAGUAUUUUUGUUUUGGGUUUUGGAUUUGAAGUGUAAGAAUGGGAUUCGAAAAGAUCAAGGUCGCGAAUCCCAUCGUCGAGAUGGACGGUGAUGAGAUGACUAGGGUUAUCUGGACAAUGAUUAAGGAAAAGCUUAUUUUUCCAUUUCUAGAGCUGGAUAUCAAGUAUUUUGAUCUGGGUCUUCCACACCGUGAUGCCACAGAUGACAAGGUUACAGUUGAAAGUGCAGAAGCUACACUGAAAUACAAUGUAGCUAUAAAAUGUGCGACUAUCACACCAGACGAAGCUAGGGUCAAGGAGUUCGGACUGAAGGCUAUGUGGAAGAGUCCUAAUGGGACUAUUCGUAACAUUUUGAACGGUACUGUGUUCAGGGAACCCAUUUUAUGUAAGAAUGUUCCUCGGCUUGUUCCAGGGUGGACUAAACCUAUAUGCAUUGGAAGACAUGCUUUUGGUGACCAAUAUAAAGCAACCGAUGCAGUGAUUAAGGGCCCUGGCAAACUCAAAAUGGUUUUUGUUCCAGAGAAAGGAGGUGAAACUACCGAGUUGGAGGUGUAUAACUUCACAGGAGAGGGAGGAGUAUCAUUAGCUAUGUACAAUACUGAUGAGUCUAUUCGUUCAUUUGCUGAUGCAUCAAUGGCAACAGCUUAUGAGAAGAAAUGGCCACUUUACUUAAGUACUAAAAACACAAUUUUGAAAAAAUAUGAUGGAAGGUUUAAAGAUAUCUUCCAGGAGGUAUAUGAGGCCAGUUGGAAAGCUAAAUAUGAAGCAGCAGGAAUCUGGUACGAGCAUAGGCUUAUUGAUGACAUGGUAGCCUAUGCUUUGAAGAGUGAUGGUGGCUAUGUUUGGGCAUGUAAAAAUUAUGAUGGUGAUGUGCAGAGUGAUUUCCUGGCACAGGGAUUUGGAUCUCUUGGUCUGAUGACAUCUGUCCUGGUUUGCCCUGAUGGAAAGACCAUUGAGGCUGAAGCGGCUCAUGGUACAGUAACUCGGCAUUUCCGUGUUCAUCAAAAGGGAGGUGAAACUAGCACAAACAGUAUAGCUUCUAUCUUUGCAUGGACACGUGGGCUUGAACACAGGGCAAAACUAGAUGAAAAUCCAAAACUACUCGAAUUUUCAGAGAAGCUAGAAGCUGCCUGUGUAGGAACUGUUGAGACAGGGAAAAUGACAAAGGACCUGGCACUUCUCAUUCAUGGAUCUAAGCUCUCAAGGGAUAAAUACCUCAGUACUGAAGAAUUUAUUGAUGCUGUUGCAGAGGACCUGAAAGAAAGACUUUCUGCUAAACCAAAGUUGUAACUCUUCUGCUCUUUUGGAGUGCUUAAGGCUUUGAACUGCGUGGCGAUUUUGAGUCUACAAGAGUUGUUUGGAGGACUAGGAAUAUUUUUCACUCACAUGCUAGGGCAACUAUGUAAUAAAGCCCCGUAGACAAUGUCAAUGUUAUGUUUCUUGUCACAUUUAAAAGGCAAACAGUGUCCUAUGUGCUUCCAAUUUUUCAAAUUUCUUACUCUUGCAAUUGUGAUUGUCUAUUAUGCUUUUUCAAGGGAUGCCAUCCUCUUAUAUAGUCA